AACUGAGAAAUUGUUCUUUUGCUUGUGGCUUUAGGUUACGGCGGCGAGAGAGAAAAAGAGAGAGAGAGAGAGAGAGAGAGAGAGCAAAAUGGAACAAGUUCAGUGUUUCGGCCGUAAGAAGAAUGCUGUUGCAGUAACACACUGCAAGAGAGGUCGCGGUCUGAUCAAGAUCAAUGGAGUUCCAAUCGAACUCAUCGAGCCUGAGAUUCUCCGAUUCAAGGCAUACGAACCAAUCCUCCUUCUCGGAAGACACCGUUUCGCCGGCGUUGACAUGAGGACUCGUGUGAAGGGAGGAGGUAAAACUUCUCAGAUCUAUGCCAUCAGACAGAGUAUCGCUAAGGCUUUGGUUGCUUACUACCAGAAAUACGUUGAUGAACAGAGUAAGAAGGAGAUCAAGGAUAUUCUUGUUCGUUAUGAUCGUACUCUUCUUGUUGCUGAUCCUAGACGCUGUGAGCCUAAGAAGUUUGGUGGUCGUGGUGCUCGUGCUAGGUUCCAGAAAUCUUACCGUUAAAGAUUGCUUUUGCUUUUCGGGGUAUUAUGCAGAUUCAGUUGUUAUUGCGUUUAUGUUUUGAAGUACUCUUUUUAAAUUUCUAUGCACUGUUUUAAUUGAGGUUUUGUGCUUUUGAAUGCACUGUUAUAAAAGAUUUUGGUUAAUUAGAUUUUAAUUUGGUCUUAUUUUAAUUUAUAUCAAUAUAUUUGCAUUUUGACUGAA